ACGGCCCCGGUUCCCCCCCCCCCUCCUACGCACCGGCUCCGUCCGCUGUCGGCACACCAUCUGGGCAAUGUAUGUUUGCCCAGAUGGCGUCUACAGCCACUGGGGUGGCAGUAGGGUCGGGGGCAGGGGCCACGGUUACACAGACUAUGACGGGAGGUUUGGGUGGAGGACAGUCAGAGCCUGCCAGGCCUGACAUCACUCAGGAGCCGUACCAGCAGGUGGGGCCUCAGCAGCAGCAGCAGCAGGCCUGCUCUGAAGAGAUGAGGAGUUUUUUGGCCUGUGCCAUAAACACAAGCGACCUCAAGGUGUGCGAGGGCGUCAACGAGGCGCUCAAAAAGUGCAUUUUUGCAAAUGGUCUGUCAUUAGAAGACCUGCUGUAACUAAAUUUUUUCCAAUAUUAUUCUUUGAUUGUUUUAUUUUUUUAAUGGUUUCAUUUCAUUUCAUUCAAUUUUUUUUAAAUUAAUAUCUUGAAUCACUACUAAAACACUAAUGAUUGAAAAAUUUAAUAAAGUGUUAAAUUGUAAAUAGACUGGUUCUUAUACCCUGUUUUUCUAUUUUACUCAAAGCUACAUGUAUCUCUCUCUAUAUCUAUCAUAUACAUA